AUGCCCGCUCCGGCUCUCAGUUUUUGGCAACGACACGAGCUCAAGUUCUAUAGGUACGGCCAUAUCUAUGCCAGUAUUUAUGGGCAGGCGGUCAUCGACUAUGUGCCGCAGCGACCCAUGCGACCCAUUUUGAAGAAGCUCUCCAUUGUUUACGGCCACGUGCUCAGCCUUCUGCUGAUUCUGGUGCUGCCCUGCUAUUUUGGCUAUCACUACCAGGAGCUGACGAAGACGCGCGAUCAUCGCAUGCAACUCCUGCUUUAUGUGUCCUUCUCCAACACCCUCAUCAAGCUGGCCACAGUCAUUGUCACCUACAUUGCCAACACGGUGCAUUUCAAGGCAAUCAAUCAUCGCUGCACACUGCUGCGUCAGCGACUCGAGGCCCUAUUCGCCAGAUCUCUGUGCAGAUCAUCGCGAAAUCGCCGCCGCUUCGAGUUCUUCAUGUACUUCAAGUUCUGUCUGAUCAACCUGAUGAUGAUCAUACAGGCGUGUGGGAUUUGUGCGCUGCGCGGCGAGAGUUGGCUGCGCAUGCUCUUUGCCAUCUAUGGCUUCGUCUUGUGGAACUACACGGAGAACAUGGCCGACUAUUUUUAUUGGAUCAGCCACAGCGUACUGAAGUAUCACAGGCAGCUGAAUGUGCAGCUGCGAACGGUGUCGCGUCAAUUCCGGAAGCUGGGAGCACUGCCCCGAGGAGGAAUGUUGCCGCAUCACUGUUGCAGGCUCUGCGAUCGCCUGGCUCUGUUGCGCGAACGUUUCAUUGAGAUCAAUGCGCUGCACGAGGAGAGCUUGGAGAUGCAUCAGUUCCAGCUGCUCGGCCUGAUGCUGACGACUCUCAUCAACAAUCUGACCAAUUUGUUCACUCUAUUCAACAUGCUGUCGAAGCAGAGUCUCGAGGAGAUCUCAUACCCUGUACUGAUCUACAUACUCUAUGCACUGGGCUUUUAUAUAGACACAUAUAUCGUGACGCUGGUCAAUGAGAAUAUCAAGGAGGAGAUGGAGCACAUUGCGCUAACCGUGCGCAGAUUCACCGAACAGGCCACCUUAGACGUGCGUCUGGAUCAGGAGAUCGAACACUUCUCGCUACAAUUGCUUCAGUGGCGCCAGCCCUACCUGUGCGGUCUACUGCACUUGGACAGACGUCUGGUGUACUUGAUUAAUGUGACGGCCUUCUCCUACUUCAUAACCCUAGUGCAGUUCGAUUUGUAUCUGGGCAGUGCGAACAAGGUGUAAAUAAACGUCCACUGCUAUCAUCCCCCAAUUUGGUUGCAUCUCAUCGACACUAGUGUGAAGCACUCCCAAUAAUUGUCUGGCCAGACAAUUUGAGCACGCAAUGCAAAGUCCAUUAACCGUCCCUUAUCUAGUAUCGAAGCAUUCGGCAAUACUUCAGUGGAGCUCGAUUCUAAA